ACGUGUGUCACUUUUGACCAGGAAAGGAGCAGCGGGGCAGAAGAAGUCACUGGUUUAGUGGGAGCAGCACCUCUCCUCACAGGCAUCCCCGAACCAGCCGAGUCUGGACCCCCGCGGCCUCGUCUCUUUCUCCUCCAACUGUUGACCGUGCGUCGUGGCAAGCCCACGGAUCGCAAACUGUAAAAGGUGCAGACACUCGACAAGUAAAAAAAAGUUAAUUCGUCAAAGGGAUAACGAAAAGGGACAGACGGAGACGGCAAAAUGACGACAGUCAUUGAAACCCAACAACAUUACGAGACCUACAUGACGUCUGCGACGGGAGACUACAUGGGUCAGGAAGAUGACUGGGACAGGGAUCUCCUGUUGGACCCCGCCUGGGAGAAGCAGCAGAGAAAGACAUUCACAGCAUGGUGUAACUCCCAUCUGCGUAAGGCUGGCACGCAGAUCGAGAACAUCGAGGAGGACUUCAGAAAUGGCCUCAAGCUUAUGCUGCUCUUGGAGGUCAUCUCAGGUGAGAGACUGCCCAAGCCUGACAAGGGUAAGAUGCGCUUCCACAAGAUCGCCAAUGUCAACAAAGCUCUGGACUACAUCUGCAGCAAGGGGGUUAAACUGGUGUCCAUUGGUGCUGAGGAAAUUGUGGACGGAAAUGUGAAGAUGACUCUGGGUAUGAUCUGGACAAUCAUUCUGCGUUUCGCCAUCCAGGACAUCUCUGUGGAGGAGACCUCUGCCAAAGAGGGUCUCCUUCUGUGGUGCCAGAGGAAGACUGCCCCCUACAGGAAUGUCAAUGUACAGAACUUCCACAUCAGUUGGAAGGAUGGUCUGGCUCUGUGUGCCCUCAUCCACAGGCACAGACCUGACCUCAUUGACUACUCCAAACUGAGAAAGGAUGACCCCAUUGGAAACCUAAACACUGCCUUUGAGGUCGCUGAGAAGUAUCUGGACAUCCCCAAGAUGUUGGACGCUGAGGAUAUUGUGAACACCCCCAAACCUGAUGAGAAGGCUAUUAUGACCUAUGUGUCCUGCUUCUACCAUGCUUUUGCUGGUGCUGAGCAGGCUGAGACUGCAGCCAACAGGAUCUGUAAGGUUCUGGCUGUGAACCAGGAGAAUGAGAGACUCAUGGAGGAGUAUGAGAAACUGGCCAGUGAGCUGCUGGAGUGGAUCCGCCGCACCAUCCCCUGGCUGGAGAACCGCGUGGCUGAGCAGACCAUGCGCGCCAUGCAACAGAAGCUGGAGGACUUCCGCGACUACCGCCGUGUGCACAAGCCACCCCGCGUGCAGGAGAAGUGCCAGCUGGAGAUCAACUUCAACACGCUGCAGACCAAGCUGCGCCUCAGCAACCGCCCCGCCUUCAUGCCCUCCGAGGGCAAGAUGGUGUCGGACAUUGCUAACGCCUGGAAGGGCCUGGAACAGGUGGAGAAGGGCUAUGAAGAGUGGCUCCUCACCGAGAUCCGCCGCUUGGAAAGACUCGACCACCUGGCUGAGAAGUUCAAGCAGAAGUGCUCUCUCCAUGAGAGCUGGACUGGAGGUAAGGAGGGCCUGCUCUCCCAGAAGGACUAUGAGUCGGCAUCUCUGAUGGAGAUCCGCGCUCUGAUGAGGAAGCACGAGGCCUUUGAGAGUGACCUGGCCGCCCACCAGGACCGUGUGGAGCAGAUUGCCGCCAUUGCCCAGGAGCUCAAUGAGCUGGACUACCAUGAUGCUUCCACAGUUAAUGCCCGCUGCCAGGCUAUCUGUGACCAGUGGGACAACCUGGGCACUCUGACCCAGAAGAGGAGGGACUCUCUGGAGCGUGUGGAGAAGUUGUGGGAGACCAUUGACCAGCUGUACCUGGAGUUCGCCAAGAGGGCGGCGCCCUUCAACAACUGGAUGGAUGGAGCUAUGGAGGAUCUGCAGGAUAUGUUCAUCGUGCACAGCAUUGAGGAGAUUCAGAGCCUGAUCACGGCCCAUGACCAGUUCAAGGCCACUCUGCCUGAGGCCGAUAAGGAGCGCAUGGCCACCAUGGGUAUCCACACCGAGGUGAUGAAGAUCGCCCAGACCUAUGGCAUCAAGCUCAGUGGCGUCAACCCCUACACCAACCUCUCGCCACAGGACAUUACCAACAAGUGGGAGAUGGUGAAGCAGCUGGUUCCCCUCAGAGACCAAAUGCUGCAGGAGGAGGUUGCCAGGCAACAGGCCAACGAGAGGCUGAGGAGGCAGUUUGCUGCGCAGGCCAACAUCAUCGGACCCUGGAUCCAAACCAAGAUGGAGGAGAUUGGCCAUGUGUCCAUUGACAUUGCCGGCUCUCUGGAGGAACAGAUGAACAACCUGAAGACCUACGAGCAGAACAUCAUCAACUACAAGUCCAACAUCGACAAGCUGGAGGGAGACCACCAGCUCAUCCAGGAGGCUCUCAUCUUCGACAACAAGCACACCAACUACACCAUGGAGCACAUCCGUGUGGGCUGGGAGCAGCUGCUCACCACCAUUGCCCGCACCAUCAACGAGGUGGAGAACCAGAUCCUGACCCGCGACGCCAAGGGCAUCAGCCAGGAGCAGCUCAACGAGUUCAGGGCCUCCUUCAAUCACUUCGACAGGAAGAGAAACGGCAUGAUGGACCCCGACGACUUCCGUGCCUGCCUCAUCUCCAUGGGUUACGAUCUGGGUGAGGUGGAGUUUGCCCGUAUCAUGACCUUGGUGGACGCCAACAACACCGGUGUGGUCACCUUCCAGGCCUUCAUCGACUUCAUGACCCGCGAGACCGCUGAGACCGACACUGCCGAACAGGUCAUGGCCUCCUUCAAGAUCCUGGCCUCUGACAAGCCCUUCAUCACGGUGGAUGAGCUGCGCAGAGAGCUGCCCCCAGAGCAGGCCGAGUACUGCAUCAGCCGCAUGACCAAGAUUACAUCUACAUCUCCUUCUCCAGGCUCUUCAGAGAUGGCCAGACAUGGUCACGCUGCCCCCCACCCCGCCCCAGCCAAACCACAGACAGGCAAACAGAUUCAUCCCGGACACUUCUCACUUCUUCUCCCAAACAUGCCCAACGUCACUCAGAAGCUGCCCUGUCUGCAAGUGAAUUAUGUCAGUGUCAACAGCACUGAGACUAAACUAUGA